UGGGGUGUGUGCAUGCACCGACUCGAAUAACGGUAAAUAGAUUUUGUUACUGUUGAUUACAAAAGAGGCGGAGAACGAGAGGCCAUAUUCGUCAAUAGAUUCAUUCAACUGACCGUGCAAAUGUUAACGGAGCUUAACAUAUCCCCCUUGAACACGUAAUUUCAUUCGGAUAUGGAUGAAAAGAGCGAGGGAGGUCGGAAAAAUGGAGGAGGAAAUGACACAGAUGACACCAAAGAGGAAGAAACUAUUCGGGCUGUAGACAACAGAGAUACAGAGAAUGGCGUAGACCAAAAUGUGGAUGAUGGUAUUAAGACAGAAGAUCCUGAAGUUUUGCCCAGAAGAGAAACCACUUCGGAGCAGCCGUACGAAACGCUGCCACCAGGAAAUGACAAUGCUCCACCGACGGAGGAAUCCGAGUUCCAAGAAAAUGCACGUCGUGUGGAAACGAAAGCAGAGGUCAAGGGGCCAAUUGAUGAAGCCCUAGGGAAGACAGGCCAGACGAAAGCCUCAAAUUCAGAAGAGCAGUCGGAUCCUGAUUCCAGUCAAGCGGAUCCAGGAACCGAUCAAGGGGAAACAUCUAGAACGGAGCAAUAUGAGGAUGGCGUUUCUCCACAAACACCCGCUGAUUCCCCGACAGAACUCGAAGGAAAAAAAGCAAUCAAAGAACCUAGUAAAAAGACCCCAGAUGCCCCAACAGCUCAAUCUAUCAAACGAAACAAUAUGGAGGACUCCUCAUCUAAUGGGACUCAAGAAGCUUUGUCCGGUUCAGGAGCUGAGGGGCAACGGGAAGCGGUCCAAACUAGCGAUGGUCAUAACGUUACAUCGCCAUCCAAGUCAGUUCAACCCACCACCACCGGAUCCGACCCAUUGACAGACAACCGAAAAUCUUCUCCUUCAGGUGGAAUACCCGACAGCAAACUUGAAAAGCUGGCCAAGGCUCUUCCGGGUGAGGAGUAUAGAAAUGCUUGUUCGCUAGGUCAGAAUCUCGGGUUCAGCCUUACAAAACUAAAUGGGUAUUGUGGAUAUGGUGGUAAACCAAAAGAUAGUUCUGGAAUCUUGCGCAUGUUACGGGACUGGAAAGAGAAGACCCGUGAUGAAAAGCAGCUAUCUGGUUUGCUGGAGGCGCUAAAUAAAGCAAACCUGAAACACCUGGCAGGAGACUUGCGUUCACAAGAAGGUAUGAAGUUUCAAUAG